AUGGCCUUCCUGAGGCACCUCUCCUCCCGCCUGCUCCCCGCCGCCUGGCCUCGCCCCUCCCGCCCACUCGCCCGGGGUCUCACCGCGAGCCCAGAGCAGCCGCGGCAGCGACGGCACCCGGGCAAGCUGUACGGCGGCCGGGCCACGGUCACCCUCAUCCCCGGCGACGGGGUGGGCCCGGAGCUGAUGCUCCACGUCGAGCGGGUCUUCCGGGCCUCGCACGCCCCGGUGGACUUCGAGGAGGUGCGGGUGGACAGCGGCGCCGCCGACGGCCGGGACAUCGGCGCCGCCAUCGCGGCGGUCCGGCGCAACCGGGUGGCGCUGAAGGGCAACUUCGAGACGGCCAUCGAGCGGCUGCCGGCCCAUCGCCGCUCGCUCAACGUGUUCUUCCGCACCGAGCUGGAUCUCUUCGCCAGCGUCAACCGCUACCGCAGCCUGCCAGGCCUGGGGCCCGCCGUCGCCACCGUCGCCGGCCCCCCGCUGGACAUCGUGGUCAUCCGGGAGACCACCGAGGGCGAGUACGCCCACCUGGAGCACGAGAGCGUGCCGGGCGUGGUGGAGAGCCUGAAGAUCAUCACCCGCGCCCGCUCGGUGCGGCUGGCCGAGUUCGCCUUCAGCUACGCCCGCCGGCACGGCCGCCGGAGCCUGGCAGUGGUGCACAAGGCCAACAUCAUGAAGCUGACCGACGGGCUGUUCCUGCGGUGCUGCCGGGAGGUGGCGGCCGGCUACCCGGAGAUCGAGUUCGGCAGCCUCAUCGUGGACAAUGCCACCAUGCAGCUGGUGAGCCAGCCGGGCCGCUUCGACGUGCUGGUGACGCCCAGCCUGUACGGGGUGGUGGUCAACAACAUCUGCGCCGGCCUGGUGGGGGGGCCGGGCCUGGUGCCGGGCGCCAGCUACAGCCAUCGCUGCGCCGUCUUCCAGACGGCCAUCCGCAACACGGCGCCCGGCUUGGCCGGGCGCAACGCGGCCAACCCCACCGCCAUGCUGCUGGCCGGCUGCCUGCUGCUCGACCACCUGCGGCUGGGCGGCCACGCCCGCCUCAUCCGGGGUGCCGUCCUGGGGGCCCUAAGGGACGCCGGGACCCGCACGCUCGACGUCGGGGGGCGCGCCUCCUCCACCGAGGUGGUGGACUACGUCGUGGGCCGAAUCCAGCAGGAGCAGCAGCGGCCGUGA